UGGCAUGACAUUUUAAUCCACAGUACAAAUCUGUAAAGGAGGGCUUUAUCGUCAGCACAGAGCAGGAAAAACCUAAAUAGAAUGAAGGCAGCUAAGAUGAUGACUCAAUCAUUAAUUAACUAUGUUGUCUAAUCACCGCAGUUUCGACCUCCCUUUGGCUUCAAAAGUCAAAAAAGUCAACUUGCAAAAAAAAAAAAAAAAAAGUCUACUUGCUCUGAAAGGAAGUUUGAGUUCUUUACCUUACUGUAAACUCUUAGAAGAGGAAACAAAACUGCCAUUUAAAUGUGCUAAUGAACUUGAGCGUGACUAUGCUGUGAAUCAGCGAGUUUCAAAAUUAAAAUUCCUCUGAGUCCUCCAGUCAAAGACAAAGGCCUCCUUCUUGGCUUGAUCACACUAUUAACAUGUACACAUAUUUAACCACCUCUUUUUAAAACCCCUUAUAAUUUACAUCUGAAACAUGAAGACGAAAUGUGAAUGAAAUACUGCGAUGAACAUUAACCGCCCCAGCUCCCAGUGGUGGUACGGUCUCAACAGAGGACGAUGACUUCUAUGGUCUCAGGUAAUCUUCACAAAACCCGAGGAGAGGAACUGUCAGUCCCACCCCACGAAAGCGGCUACUGAAUCUCAGAUUGCUCCACGAUCCUGGCUCUGCGAGCGAGGUCACGUUCACAACGGCGGGAAUUUCCGUAGCGGUGACACACGGCACUUCCGGCCGGCCGUGAGAGUCGGUGACGUGGCGGCGAGGCCGGGCACGGUCGUCGGGGUCGGGGCACCAGGAGCUGUCAGGUGGCCUCGGGGCAGCCCGGCUGGCAGAGAAGAGUUCGCCGGCGCGGCGGCGGCUGCGAGCCCGGAGCCGGAAGUGCCACGUGUCCUGAUUGCGGCUGCGCGGCCGGCGGCUGACAGGCACUUCCGGCCAGGGCCUCCCUCCUUCUCUCUAGGUUUGGCUGCUGCCUUCUAGCCGGGCGUUCGCGGCCCCGCCGGCCCGACUCUCAAGCCUCAGCUCCCAGGCUAGGCUGUGGCCGCCGGUGGCCUGGGGAGAGUGCGGCGCCAUGCCUCGGGCUUAAUGCGCCCCCCCCUCUUCUCCCAGUCUUCAGUCUUAAGUCGUUAGCCUCCUCCCUCCGCUUUCAGCAGUGGUCUUUCAGCUCUCUUCUUGUGCGCUGUUGUCGACCCCGACCAGCCCCUUCCAACCCAGUCAUCAUGUCCCAGCCGGGAAUACCGGCCUCCGGCGGCGCCCCAGCCAGCCUCCAGGCCCAGAACGGAGCCGCCUUGGCCUCGGGGUCUCCCUACACCAACGGUCCUGUCCAAAAUGCAUUGCUGUCUUCACAAGAGUCAGUGAGCCAAGGACACAAUUUCCAGCUUCCAGGAUCCUACCCUCAUCCAAUACCAGCAAAGACUUUGAAUCCAGUCUCUGGACAGUCUAACUAUGGUGGUUCUCAGGGAUCUGGGCAGACUCUUAAUAGACCACCUGUGGCCUCUAAUCCAGUGACACCUUUGCUUCAUAGUGGUCCUGCUCCCCGAAUGCCAUUACCUGCUUCUCAGAACCCAUCUACUACACCAAUGCCUUCUAGUAGCUUUCUUCCUGAAGCCAACCUGCCACCACCUUUGAAUUGGCAAUAUAACUAUCCAUCCACAGCCUCACAAACAAACCAUUGUCCUCGUGCAUCAUCCCAACCAACUGUAUCUGGAAAUACAAGUUUAACCACAAAUCAUCAAUAUGUUUCUUCUGGAUAUCCUUCACUUCAAGAUAGCUUCAUAAAGUCAGGUCCUUCUGUACCUCCCUUAGUGAAUCCACCUCUGCCUACAACUUUUCAACCAGGAGCUCCUCAUGGGCCCCCUCCAGCUGGAGGCCCACCCCCAGUGAGGGCCCUCACGCCCCUGACAUCAUCAUAUAGAGAUGUACCCCAGCCCUUAUUUAAUUCAGCUGUCAACCAAGAAGGUAUUACAUCAAAUACCAAUAACGGAUCUAUGGUGGUCCACAGUAGUUACGAUGAGAUUGAAGGAGGUGGCUUAUUGGCAACACCACAGCUUACUAACAAGAAUCCCAAGAUGAGCCGAAGUGUUGGAUAUUCAUAUCCCUCCUUACCACCUGGUUAUCAGAACACAACACCACCUGGUGCAACUGGAGUAUCACCCUCUUCCUUGAAUUACCCAAGUGGGCCACAAGCCUUUACUCAGACUCCCUUAGGUGCUAAUCAUUUAACCACAAGCAUGAGUGGAUUAAGUCUACAACCAGAGGGUCUAAGAGUUGUCAAUCUUCUUCAAGAAAGAAACAUGCUUCCGUCAACACCUUUGAAGCCUCCAGUUCCAAAUUUGCAUGAAGACAUCCAGAAACUCAACUGUAACCCAGAGUUAUUUCGAUGCACGCUGACUAGCAUUCCUCAGACGCAGGCCUUAUUGAAUAAAGCCAAACUUCCUUUGGGGCUGCUGCUUCAUCCUUUCAAAGACUUAGUGCAAUUGCCUGUGGUUACCUCCAGUACAAUUGUGAGAUGCCGUUCAUGCAGGACAUACAUCAAUCCUUUUGUCAGCUUUCUUGAUCAAAGGAGAUGGAAGUGUAACUUAUGUUAUCGAGUCAAUGAUGUUCCUGAAGAAUUCUUGUACAACCCUUUGACCAGAGUUUAUGGAGAACCUCACAGAAGACCAGAAGUUCAAAAUGCUACUAUUGAGUUUAUGGCUCCUUCAGAAUACAUGUUACGACCACCUCAGCCUCCAGUGUAUCUCUUUGUAUUUGAUGUGUCUCACAAUGCAGUCGAAACUGGAUACUUGAAUUCAGUUUGCCAGAGUUUGUUAGACAAUCUGGAUUUGCUUCCUGGCAACACUAGAACAAAAAUUGGCUUCAUAACAUUUGACAGUACAAUCCAUUUCUACGGUCUUCAGGAAAGUCUCUCUCAACCUCAGAUGCUAAUAGUUUCAGAUAUUGAAGAUGUUUUUAUACCUAUGCCAGAGAACUUAUUAGUAAACUUAAAUGAAAGUAAAGAGCUCGUGCAAGAUUUACUGAAAACUUUGCCACAAAUGUUUACCAAGACUCUGGAGACCCAGAGUGCCUUGGGUCCUGCACUGCAGGCUGCCUUUAAGCUGAUGUCUCCAACUGGUGGUCGAAUGUCUGUCUUUCAAACACAACUCCCAACUCUUGGAGUGGGAGCCCUGAAACCACGAGAGGAACCAAACCACAGGUCAUCUGCUAAGGAUAUACACAUGACACCAUCCACUGACUUCUAUAAGAAAUUAGCCUUGGACUGUUCUGGUCAGCAAGUUGCUGUUGACUUAUUCCUUCUCAGUGGACAGUAUUCUGAUUUGGCUUCUCUGGGUUGUAUUUCUCGGUAUUCAGCAGGUAGUGUCUAUUACUAUCCCUCUUACCAUCAUCAGCACAACCCAGUCCAAGUACAGAAAUUACAGAAGGAACUACAGAGAUACCUUACUCGGAAGAUUGGCUUUGAGGCAGUCAUGAGGAUUCGGUGCACCAAAGGUCUUUCCAUUCAUACUUUCCAUGGAAACUUCUUUGUUAGGUCAACCGACUUACUGUCUUUGCCUAAUGUCAGCCCAGACGCUGGGUAUGCAGUACAGAUGUCAGUGGAAGAGAGUCUUACUGACACUCAGUUGGUUUCUUUUCAGUCAGCACUCUUGUAUACAUCCAGCAAAGGCGAAAGAAGAAUUCGUGUUCAUACUUUGUGUUUGCCAGUAGUUUCGACUCUGAAUGAUGUCUUUCUUGGAGCUGAUGUUCAAGCAAUUUCAGGGUUAUUGGCCAAUAUGGCUGUUGACAGAUCUAUGACUGCCAGUCUGAGUGACGCUCGGGAUGCUCUAGUGAAUGCAGUCAUUGACUCCCUUUCAGCUUACCGUUCUUCAGUCUUAAGUAACCAGCAGCCUGGACUCAUGGUUCCUUUUUCUUUGCGACUUUUCCCACUUUUUGUGUUGGCUCUCCUUAAACAGAAAUCAUUCCAGACUGGGACAAAUGCACGUCUAGAUGAACGCAUUUUUGCUAUGUGUCAAGUGAAAAACCAGCCCUUGGUUUACCUUAUGCUCACAACUCAUCCCAGUUUGUAUAGAGUUGACAAUCUCUCAGAUGAGGGAGCACUCAACAUCAGUGAUAGAACCAUACCUCAGCCCCCCAUUCUUCAGCUUUCAGUGGAGAAGCUGAGCAGAGAUGGAGCUUUCCUCAUGGAUGCAGGCUCUGUACUGAUGCUUUGGGUUGGAAAAAAUUGUACACAGAAUUUUCUCAGCCAAGUUCUAGGAGUUCAAAACUAUGCAUCAAUUCCACAGCCUAUGACAGACCUUCCAGAACUUGAUACACCAGAAUCUGCCAGAAUAAUAGCUUUCAUCUCUUGGCUUAGAGAGCAGAGACCAUUUUUCCCAAUACUUUAUGUAAUAAGGGAUGAGAGUCCAAUGAAAGCAAACUUCCUUCAAAACAUGAUAGAAGACAGAACAGAAUCUGCAUUAUCAUAUUAUGAAUUCCUGUUGCAUAUACAGCAACAAGUGAAUAAAUGAAUGAAUGAAGAAAUUUGACUUAUUUCUAAGGAAUGUCACGAUAGUGCAGAAUACCUGGAAAUGUGUAAUACCUUCUUUUUCUAUUAUGUUUGUGGACUAAUGUGAUGAUUGAGAUGUUCUCACUGUGAUUUCAACAACCUAUAGCAAAUAAAAGACCACAGCAGAGAAUCAAACAUGCAACUCUGAAAUACUGUAUUUUUCAAAUCAGAAUAUAGCUACAUAUGAUUGGAUACUUUUUUCUUGCCAAUUAUGUUUGAGUUGUUAUGGAUUAAAAUAAGAAUAUUGCAGAGGCAAAGUACAUUUUGUAAAAUAAAGAUUUCUGUGUUCUACAUGUAUAUUUCUCAUUUUUAAUUUUUCUGAAUCUUUGGCUGCUACAUUUAAAACCUCACAAACCUAAGUGUUGCAGGGAAGUUACAAAUUGAUUGGUAGUGAUGUUUUUAAAAUAAAAACAAUGGAAAGUAAAUAUAAUGUAGGAAAACUAGAAUUCAUUCCCCACACGUGUCUUUUUUUUUUUUCUUUGUUAAGGAAGGGAAAGGAUCAUGUUGACUAAAACUAGAGUAAACUAAUUCUAGUAUAGCUUGAGAAAAAUAUGAAGAAACACAUUCAAGCUUUAAAAUCUGUCAGUAUUCUUUAUACUUGAAGAACAAAGUCACUUUGAUUUGAAGUGAGAACUAUCAUUAGGUGGUUUUCUGAUUUCCUGAUGAAGAGUUGGACAUACUGUCUUAAUCUAUAGUGAAAAGAAUUUGAGCUGUCUUCAUAAACACUGGGACUAGCAAUGAUAAUAGGGAGAUAAGAAACUUUAAUUAUCUUGAUCCUUUAAGUGGAUUUUAUUUGGUGCAUUUCUGCUCUGGGUAUAUAAUAAAAGUGGGGGGUUUUGGUGAAAUGAGUGAAGAAAUGAAAGGUUUCUAAAGUGCUAUCCAAAUACAUCAGUAACAUUUUUCUAAGGAGUUUAAUUGUUAAAUUGGAAGUCAUUCAUAAGAAAUAUUUAUGCUUGAAUAUGAAAAUCUAUUAAAGCAUAAAUGCUGCUGUUUGAUUUGGUGGAUAUUAAGAUUAUACACAUCCAACAUAUUAAAGUUAUGAAAGAAACUUGAUUUCUGAAAAUCCUUAAGAGACUGCUUUCUUGAUUCAGCUAGAGAAAUAUUAUAGUCAAAACUAUUGAGUGAAUUUUGUUUACAAAUAGGUAAAUUAUACAUUUGUAUAUUUAAAGUGCUGUGACAUAGUAUCUUUAAGAGUUUGGCUCAGUUUUCACAGAUUCAUUUUGUCUUAAGAAUUUCUUAAAUAUGUUCAUGUAUAAUACUUGAUCAAAAUAUUUUUGGGUUUUUUGUUUUGUUUUAAUGGGUUAGAAAAUGUUUACAAUCUUGGUCUUAUAUGAUCACCAAUGGAAUAGUAACUUCCAGGUUUAUAUCAAUAUGAGCUGACUUUAACUGAGUUGUUUGGGAUAGGGAAGAAGCAGUCCCUCUACAGUAUACAACUACUGCUUGCCAGCUGGAUCAAAAUAAUCAUGUUUUAUGAAAAUAUCUCCCUUAAGCAGUGUUAAGGUUGGUUUGCAGUGUGUAAGUGGCACAUUGAACUGGAAGUUUUCUUGAAAGCUGCUUCAUCUAUUAAGAAGCAAUUUUCAAGUUGUAGCGAAUUAUAUUAUCCCCUCUUUUAAAGAAACAGUCGUUAUAUGCUGAUGUUUCUUAAAAUAACUAAAAUGUCCCUCUUAAUGUGAUUUUAAAUGGAGUUAUUUGUAGGUCCUUUCUUAGUAGUAAAGAAUCUUCUAGAGGGAAACAUUUGUGCUUUUAGGGAUAAUCUUCCUUGUGCCUCACUACAUCCCUAAGUGGGUAUGACUCUUGUUAUUACCACAUGCUUUAUUAGUAUAUUUCACAAAUUUACUUUUAAAUAUUAUUUUAGAUACGGUGUAACAUGUGCAAUUCAGAAUAAUUUUAAAACAGGUCAUGAAAAACAUAACUUGAGUUAGGAUUCACAAUAUUUGUUCUCCGCAUAAUGAGAGAAUGAAUGAGCCUUUGGAGAUACUGAUAUAAAGCAAUUAUUUUUUGCAAUGUUGAAUGUGUUUUUUAGUUUGAUUCUUUUUUUUUCCCCCAAUAGGGCACUACCUGCCAUAUCAUCUUGUAUUACUUUUUGAUGUAAAGCAACUAAUAUUUACACUAUGCCAUAUUUUUUUUAAUCAUAGUUGUAAAUUAUGAAAGAUCCUUGAAUUUUCUACAGAUCUACAACUACUAAUGUAACAGACAAGGGCAAUCUUGGUAUUUAAAUCUGAGCAUGGCAGUUCUACCAUAAAAAGUACUCUAUUUUUCUAAUUUCUAGGAUUUUUAAAAUAACAUUUCUGUAAGUCUGACAUACUAAUAGUCACUCAAGCAGUACCAUUUAUUUUAGUUGCAUAUAUUUUCACUGUUUUUAAUUUAAUGUAUUGAGUCUAAUAGACUGUUUUGCAAUAAUUAGAAUAAAGAUUUAUUUCUUCUAAUCAAAGAUGCACAACAGCUGUUAUCUAGGGGACCACCAAAUGUGAUUUCAAAAUUUUGUUAACUAUUACAAAUGUAAUCCUUAUAUAGAAAUUUUAAUUUUGUAAAGUAGUGUAUAAUAUUGUAAUAUUAAAUUCUUGUUCUUAAAUUCAAAUAUGUAUUGAUCUUCAAUGUGCUGUGUUAAAUCUUGCUUCUCUGAAAAGUUGGAGACAAGAUUUGUCUUCCUUUUUACAGUUUGUAAUUUUCACUGUUUUAUUCCUGUUAAAAAAAAAAAAAGUCAUUUGUAACCCAUGCAAACCAUUGUUUGAUCUAUGCUAACUUAUCAACUUGGCUAUUCAAUAAAGUUAAUUGAAAAGA